AUGUCUAUCCUGGAGCGCUUGGAGCAGAUGGAGAGGAGGAUGGCAGAGAUGGCCAGCCACCAGCAGUCGAGCAGUGCAGGGAGUGGCGGAGCUGGGGGAGGAACAGGGGGAGGGGGAGGAGGAGGAGGGGGAGGAGGCGGAGGAGGUGGAGGCAACAACAGCCAGUCACAGUGCUUAUCUGGUCAGACGCAGGCCAGCAGCUCCUUCGAGAGUCGUGUCGUUGUGGUCUGUGAGAAGAUGAUGAGCAGAGCUUGCUGGGCCAAGUCCAAACAUUUAAUCCACUCCAAGACCUUCAGAGGCAUGACACUCCUUCACCUGGCUGCAGGCCAGGGCUACGCCACCCUCAUCCAGACACUCAUCAAGUGGCGCACCAAACAUGCUGAUAGUAUUGAUUUGGAGCUAGAGGUGGACCCUCUCAAUGUAGAUCACUUCUCCUGCACGCCUCUGAUGUGGGCAUGUGCGCUGGGUCACCUGGAGGCAGCAGUGGUCCUGUAUAAAUGGGACAGACGGGCCCUAGCCAUCCCAGACUCUCUGGGUCGCUUACCCCUCUCUAUUGCCCGGUCUCGUGGCCAUACCAAAUUGGCUGAAUGUCUGGAGCAGCUACAAAGGGAAGAGCAGCAGUCACCCGCCCCUCUCCCCCCCACAACUCGCAUGUCUUUCUCCCCGGCCCCCGACACCCCUACCACAGACAGCUGGAUGGUCAGCUGGGCGAACAACAGCGGAGUAGCACCCAGCGGCAAGAAAGGGGGUCCUGCCACCACUACAACAACAUCCAGCACUACAAGCCUCAAUCCAGACUUGAGAAGGCCAAGGUCAGAGCCCUCCAACUACUACAGCAGCGAGGGCCAAAGAGACCUCCCCCUAGCUAAAAAACAUAAACCCAACCCAGAACUGUUUCAGACUCGGCCCGAUAAGGCCAUGUCUGUGCCUCUGAGCCUGGAGCAGCAACAGCUCCACAAGCUGUCCUCUAGCCCCAAGAGCUUGUCCUCAGAGGGCCUGAGCUCAGACAAGGGCCUGUCAACAGGAGGCAGCACAGGGACAACCAGAUGGACCUCCAGAGAGAGCUUCUCUAGCAGCGGCAUGGGGAGGAAGGCGUUGGGGGUCAGUGGAAGCAGCAGCUUGGGGAAGGAGAAACUGGUGAACCGGUUGCGUCAACGGGAACAGCUGGGCAUGCUGGUGAUAGCUGACAGGGAAAUGGCUGAUGCAGAACUAUUAUCCUAUCGAGAAGAUCUGGAGAACCAGGACUGUCUCACACAGAUGGAUGACCUGCAGGCCAAUAUGAUGACUCUGGCGGAGCACAUCAUCGAAGCAACUCCAGAGAGAAUCAAAAGGGAGAACUUCACCGCGGCAGACUCUGUGCCCUUAGACACGUCAGGAGUCAGCAACACCAUGAACUGGCUGGCCAACUACCUUGGAGAUGUGGAACAGCUGCCGAGCAUCAUACACCUACGAUCUCUUUACAAUGAGCCCCUGACCACAUCGUCAAACCCCAGCCUCAGUCCUGGGGGGUCUCCACUGAGAGAGGGGCCCCUGGAGAGGUCUGUACUCCCGUCCCCAGCUGACUGGAGUGAGUUCAUCAAUGCCUCCAACAGCAAAGUGGAGCGAGACCUGGCCCAGCUGACUCUGUCAGACCCAGAGCAGAGAGAGCUGUAUGAGGCCGCCCGCCUAGUCCAAACUGCCUUCCGCAAGUACAAGGGGCGGCCACUCAGAGAGCAACAGGAAGUAGCUGCUGCUGUUAUUCAACGUUGUUACAAGAAAUACAAACAGCUAACAUGGAUAGCCUUGAAGUAUGCACUUUAUAAGAAGAUGACGCAGGCCGCCAUCCUUAUCCAGAGUAAAUUCCGCAGCUACCACGAGCAGAAGAAGUUUCAGCAGAGCAGGAGGGCUGCCGUGCUCAUUCAGCAAUACUACCGCAGCUACAAGGAGUUUGGCCGGCUGAAGCCCCACCACCGCGGGGCUGCUGCUGCCCUGGUGCAGCACAAACUGAGAGGUAGUCUGCUCACAAAGAGGCAGGAUCAAGCUGCCAGGAAGAUCAUGAGGUUCCUACGCCGCUGCCGUCACAGGGUGAAAGAAUUGAAAAGGGCCAGGGAACAUGAGACCCCUCAAAAGAGCCCCCUCGCGAUGUGA